UUCAUUCUGUGGAUCUAAAUGAAAGAGUGCUCCUUUUACAUGCUGCGCUUAAAUCCUCAGCAAAGUUUGCAAUGAAGGAAAAUUCAGUCAUUUUGAGCGUAACUGUCUUUGGUCUCAUUGUGGCCACACUUGGCGAUCAAGGUGCAGAUUGUUCGCUCAGGAAAGGCAACAAGAAUGAAAAGAGGCUGCGACAAAUCUUGUUUGUAAACUACUGCAAGAACCAGCGUCCGUCGACUCCAGUAAACAUCUCUCUCAACUUGGUUGUUUCUAAUCUUGAUGAAGUGGAUCCGAAGAAGGAGGAAAUCGGUUUAACAAUUUGGCUUCGAGUGUUCUGGAUGGACGACCGCUUACGAUGGAACGCAUCACAACACAAUAUCACAUCUCUUACCUUAGAUUUUGAGGAGGUCUGGACCCCAGACAUGGUUCUUUAUAAUGCAGUUGGUGCCGUCAGAGACUUUGGUUUAUCAAGCGAUGACGGUCUUCCCAUGAGCCUUAUCGUUUCCAGCAGCGGUGAUAUCUUCUUCUCUCAGCCAACGAUCAUCCGUAGCGCAUGCGCGUCAAAUAUUGCCGACUUUCCUUUUGAUGAUCAGACUUGCCAAUUGACAUUUGGUUCAUGGACUAUGGACUCCAGCCUUCUGAGGCUGGACUUGCGCGGUGGAGGAUUCGACAUGACGCACUUUGUAAAAAACAGCAAAUGGGAAGUGCUUCAAAUAUCUCCUGAAGUACGCAUGCAGCAAUACCUUUUUCAAGAAAAUGAUUUUUCGCUCGUGGUGUAUACCAUAAUGGUCAGGCGAAAAUCACUGUUCUAUGUUGUCAACUACCUCAUUCCGUCAGUAGUUAUUUUGGUUUUAUCUUUGUUACUGUUUCUAAUCCCACCUGAAGUUGGAAAGCGAAUGGAAGCCGGUAUAAACCUUCUUCUGUGCUUAUCUGUGUAUCUCCUGCUGUUAAACUCAAAGAUGCCAAACACUUCAACAGCUUUCCCUCUUUUGACAAAGUUCUACGGCUGCGCAAUAAUAAUCCUUGUGUUGGCCAUGUGUACAACAUGUUUAGUGUAUGCUGUUUAUUUCAUGAACUCGUCCGGUAUAGAGUUGCACCAUGCUUCCCUGUUUAUUCGUUUUAAGAACUUCAUAUUACAACGGCUACAACCAGUACUCUUUACAAGUCCUUGUAGACGCGUAAAACGCUCUCGAGCUCGUGCACGAUCAAAGGUUCAUCCUUUACAAACAGAUUUGAAUUUGAAGCCAGAUGUACAUGUGGAUACCAGAAAGGACAAAACUCAUGAGGAAUGUCACAAAGAUGAUGGACAAGCCCAUUCAAUCCAAGACCCACCCCUGAUCAUUACUAGUGACAGUCAUGGCACACUCCCCCGGAUUUCUGCAGCAGGUCAGGUAGACCAGGGAGGUCACCUUAAACUGGUGUCAGUUGGUUCAUCUUUCGAAUACAGCAGUAGCAUUUCGAGUGUUUCCUCUGUCAGAUCGGACGAGAAUGUCAAAGCUGUUAUGGCCACCUAUAAUGAGUCAAUUGAAGCUGAAUUUGUAAGAGGUGAAAGCCUAACCGAAGAUUGCAAAAAGGUUUCUUUUACUUGCGAGAAAAGCGAGUCAAGAAAAGUUGUCAAACGAAGAGCAACCAAAAUACAAGACGGUGAGUCAGCGGUAAAACGUACCGAGCACACUCUGAUUUGUUCAGCGGGAUCAUCUUGGUUCACUCAGGUAUCGUGGGAUGAGUCAUUGGAUGACAAUGCCAACGAUAGCGAGAACAUUUCAGGACGUCUACAAGAAGAGGUAGAUCAGUUAAGAGGGUUUAACAGCGGAUCAGAUACCAAAGAUUCAGAUGCAGAUGACAUAACCACUGCUAUUGAUGGUUUGGAUUCUAUUUCGGAGUGUUUUGAAAGAGAAAGCACGCAGAGGGCAAAUACAGAAGAGUGGAAAAGAGCUGCCAUGGUUUUAGACAGAGUAUUUUUAAUUGUUUUGUUUACGGCUAUUGUGGUUUCGUUCAUAACGUGUCUAUUGUUGGCUGCGAGAGUCAGGAAGAAUUUCAUUUCGUAACUUUUGACAAUCAUGAAAUACUGCAUGUUUCAUAUUGCACCUUACCUAUUUGCUUGCCAAAUCCCUAUCCCGGGUAUGGAUCACCAAUAAUGCGAAAGUGGCCUUUAUAUCCAAGAAAUGUAUCAUAAGAGAUAUCUUAGUUAUUCCAGGUUCUUUUGGGAAAAAGUUUGAGGAAUUUAUUUCCGUGAUCGCUCGACGACUGAACACCCAUCUUUCGAUCCUACUGGGAAGGGAAAGCACUACACAUUCUCUGGAGUGGUUAUAAUAGUUGGUUAUAACACGAGAUUUUUUUGAAUUGGCGAGUCUAUUUUAGGAGAACCAUAGCCUUCUACAAUCCUAACGUUACGUUCUCAAUCUUAAACUUUGAAUCGUUUACCUUGCACAGGAUACCUUGUCGUUAAACUGAAACUCUGCUAGACUGAUUGAUGUACCGCCGACAAAUGAAUAAAUAAACUUACAGUGGAUAAAGUAGGAGAAAACACCAUUAACUCUGAACUGGACAGAAAUAAAAUAUGGCUGUCACUGAUGAAAAGGUAGCCAAUAGUACAUUUACGUUACACUUCGGCAUCUCUGAUCUAAGGUUGUGGCAAACGUAACAGACGGCGUUGCUGUCUAACCGCUGCAUAGUGUCAUGAUCUGUUGUUCACAUUGUAUCAAUUUCUAAACGAGAUCAACUCAAACUAUAAGUGUUUAAGAUAAGUGUUAAAGGAUGUUUCGUGAUAAAUUAACAUGGAGAACCAGCAAGCACACAGGAAAGUUGUUAUUUUUGGUUACCAUAUCAACCUAUUUAGAAGUUUGUAAACGCUUUGGCAAUGAAUGAUAUCA